AAAAAAAAAAACCUCAGUUCGCAACCUCUUCACGUUGCUUAACCUUCCCUUCUUCCUCUUUCUUUCCAUCUAACCCCACAUAAACCAGAGCAUUAUCUCUGAAACCCUAGUCAUUCCCUUCAAGCUUUUCUCUUCAAUUCAGGUUCAUUGUAUUGCAGAAGUAGUGGACAAGGGUGAGUGAGAAUUCGGUGAAAAUUGCUCACUAUUUGAACGUUGAUUGUUUCAAAAUCAAUGUCAAGUUUGCAAGAGCCCCUUGGUCUUGACAAGUUGCCAAGCAUGAGUACUAUUGACAGGAUUCAAAGGUUCUCAUCUGGCACUUGCCGUCCCAGUGCUGAUGAUAUGGGAAUGGGAAAUUGCUGGAUUGAAGGAAGGGGUUGCAGCUCAUCCAAUUGUUACGAGGAAGAUUAUGAAGGGCAUACAAGAGGGACAUUUUCUUGGAGAAGACAUACCAGGGAUCUGUCCCAAGGUGAUUCCUUUAAUCGAAGGACAAUGAGCUUAGGAAGGAACCAUAUGAUGUGUGGAACAGUUUGGGACUCACGGUACUUUCCAGAUCAUCAAUAUAACUCCGAGUCCAAGGACAAAGAGAUGCAGGAUUUAACAAAUAAGUUUUGGAAAGGAAUACCAAAGUUUGUGAAGAUAGUAGAAGUUGGUCCAAGGGAUGGGCUACAGAAUGAGAAAAAUAUUGUACCUACAGAUGUAAAGAUUGAAUUGAUCCGCAGACUAGUUUCUUCUGGAUUGCCAGUUGUUGAGGCUACAAGUUUUGUAUCACCUAAAUGGGUUCCUCAGUUAGCAGAUGCAAGAGAUGUGAUGAAAGCAGUUCAAAGUUUGGAGGGCUCUAGAUUGCCUGUUCUGACACCUAAUCUAAAAGGAUUUGAAGCAGCAGUCGCAGCUGGUGCAAAGGAAGUAGCAGUUUUUGCAUCAGCUUCUGAGUCAUUUUCAAAGUCAAACAUAAAUUGUAGCAUCGAAGAGAGUCUUGCUCGUUAUCGUGCUGUUACUCAUGCUGCUAAGGGGCUUGGAAUUCCUGUUCGUGGGUAUGUAUCAUGCGUUAUUGGGUGUCCUGUGGAAGGAGCAAUUCCUCCUCCAAAAGUGGCAUAUGUGGCAAAGCAACUUUAUGACAUGGGUUGUUUUGAAAUUUCUCUUGCUGAUACAAUUGGUGUUGGUACACCUGGAACUGUUAUUCCCAUGCUUGAAGUUGUAAUGGCUGCUGUUCCUGUUGAGAAGCUUGCUGUCCACUUUCAUGAUACAUAUGGGCAAUCUCUUCCAAAUAUUUUAGUUUCCCUCCAGAUGGGGAUUAGCACAGUGGACUCAUCUAUUGCUGGUUUAGGUGGGUGCCCGUAUGCUAAGGGAGCAUCAGGCAAUGUUGCCACUGAAGAUGUUGUCUACAUGCUUAAUGGGCUUGGUGUGAAAACCAAUGUGGAUCUACAUAAACUCCUCUCUGCUGGGGAUUUCAUAAGCAACCACUUAGGUCGCCCAUCUGGAUCGAAGACUGCUGUUGCCUUGAGCCGAGUUACAGCUGAUGCCUCAAAAAUAUGAGGUUUUGCAGGUAGACGUAUUCAUAUCCAGAUACAAACCGGGAAAAUUGCAGAUUGAUUCCUGCAUGUGUUCCUAACACGUAUGCCAUAUAUAUAUAAUAAAUACAUGUAUAGAGACUGGAAUAGAAACCAAUAGAUAUAUCUUAUAAUUUCAGCAAAAAACUAUGCAUUGUACUCAAAUGAAUGAUGUUAGUAGCAGAAGCUGCAUAUUGUGCUCAUUUUUGUGCAACAAAGAAGAGCAGAAUUUUGAUUACCCUUAAACUUGAACAAGUGGAAACCUGCUAAAUUUGGAUAGUUAAGUAUCAGCAUUGGUUAUAGUUCAUGUAAAUAGAUGCUUCAUUUCUAUCAGCUGAUUAAAAUUAUUUGCAUUAA